AUGGGUCUCCUUCAGCUGCUGGCCAGCCUGACGCUGGUCGCUGGGCUGGUGGGCACUUGCCAUGCGUACUCCUUGGGCGACUUUGUGCCUACAGCCCGGCGGGGCCAGUUCCAGACGGUGUCCCUUCCCAUACCAAAGCCCCAAGCGUUCCGCCCCGGGGACAACUACAAGAUCCAGUUCAGCUUCGCAGGCGACCAGUUUGUCACCCCCUGGCUGCUGGUCAUGGGGCGCUACCUGUCCCUCGUCUCCUACCUGGACGUGGAGCUGACGCACACGGGCGGUGAGCUGCGGAGCGUGCGGGCCGCGGUCUACGACCUGCCCCACCGCGAUGCCGCGGCCCACCCGCUCCUGGUGUCCCAGUGGGCCAACGCCAGCCACUGGCCCAAGCCACUGCUGGUGCAGUACCGCUGGGUGGCUGGGGCGGAGGUGCGGGGCGACCACGCGCUGCUCCUCCUCUUCGCCGCCGCGGCCGCGCUGCUGGGCCUGGUGCUGAGCAACGCGUACCGCUCGUACCGUCGCCACCUGGCGGCCUUCGUCGUGGCCGUGGCCGCGCCCACGCAGCCCAAGGCGGACUGA